AUGGCUCACCCAUGGUUCAUGGUUUUGCUGGCUGAGCAGACGGGCGACGAGGAAUGUGGAAAAAGAAGGUGUCUGUCGGGCACGCACCGACGCCUCCCGACCUGGACCAGCGGGACGCGGAACACCGAGACCGGCGUCGCUCCCGCUCCGACCUGGGACUGGGCGGUUCCAUUAACACCGCACGCAGUCCCUGGAGGUCAAGGAAACAGGGAGCGAAGAGGCCUACCCUACCUGACUAAUUCAUUCGGAAGAAUGACCACGCGCCCGGUACGUUUUUCUGGUGUGUGUGGCUCUGCAGCACUUCUUCAUUCCCCAAACCCCAUACCAACCCCAUGUUUCCCCGCAUCGGCCUCCAUGUCUUCUCCCCAAACCGUCGCCUCACUACCGCUCAUGACAGCCGGGCAUCCACUCCCUACCUCGUCAACCCAUGCCCAUAACACCAAAAGAGGCCAUCAUAACCACUCCUUACUAGCCUUGUUGUGCUUGCGAUUGGCUUCUUCCCCUUCGCUCCUCAACUACCGCCGAAGUUCCACCGUCAUUGCACACCAAGUGGCCCCUCUUGCUUGCGGGGAGUUGUUUCUUGCCCUAUUAAUCCCUCUCGGGAUGCCUCGAAAAAAGGAUGCACUUCAUCGCUUGACGGCACCUUGCCUGCCGGCCUGA